AUGAGAAGGAAAUUAUCUCAAAAGCGGCACUCGCUUGGUAACCCAAUGGAAACUAUUGAAUCUAUGAGAACAACUCUGAAGAAAAGAUCAAUGAAAAGAAUUAAAGGUAAAAUUCGGAAGGACUUAGACAAAAUGUGCGAUUUAAUAUAAUAUUAACUCAAAGACAGUCUGCACAGCAAGAGUUUUCUUCGCAUCCUAUUAUUGGAAUGAAUGAUGAUGGAUCAAUGAUUGAACUUGAAAAUCCUGAAACUGAGCGAUUCAAUGUGUUUGAAACACUUUCUACAAAAUCUUUAGGCCAAAAUCAACCGAAGAAAAAGAGGCUACAUUCAAGAAGAAGCUCUGAUUUCAAAUAGCAAUAUGAAUAAACUUAUUAAAGAUCCUUCUCUCAAACAAAAGUCAAAUAAUUACAUCUUAAAUAUUCAAAGACCAGCUACAGCAAUUGAGACUGCAAAAGAAGCACAGAAAGUAAUUAGUCCAAGAUUCACGAAGACUGAUUCUAAAUAAACCUUUCCUAAAAGAGAGCAACUUUAUAGGAGUCGAUAAGACAAAUGAAAUAAACAUUAUUCCUGAAACUCCUAGUCAGCCCUUAAUAACAAUUGGAGAGUUAGACCAAGCCAAAGCAAGGCCCAAAACUAGCCGUAAAAAGGCCAAUGGAAGACAAACUAGUGGCCCAAACCUCAACACAGACUUAAAUGAAAUCCAAGAUUUCUACUUCCAAGAGUCCUCUCAGUCCAAAUAAGUCUACAAAAUCAGCCAAGAGAAGGAAAUUUAAAGAGAAGAAAGAAGAUAUUCAGAAGAUAUUUAACAAAUUAGCAAGCAUUGCCAGAGAAAACUUAAGGCAGAUCACACAGAAUGAUAAUCCUAGCUCACGAGAACUCCUAACCACCUUUAAAGGCAUUGAAGUUCUUAGUGGGACUAAGGAAGUUGACGGAGAAAGAAUUCCAGAUGAGAGCAUCAAGAUGAACAAGUAUUACAAAGUUGCUCCUAAGAUUGGAGAUUUUGAGAAUUCACUCAAACGACAACCUAAAAUUCCACUCAAGUCUGGAAGUUUAUCCCAAAGACCCCCGAUUAUUUUCACGAGAGGGAAGAUAAAAUAAGAAAAACACCCAGGAAGUAUACAUCAAUAAUUGGAAGAUCAAUAAAAGCAGAGCAAAGAAUCUAAAAGGAGCAAAUUCAAAGGUAGUUUUUACCAAACACACAAUGGCAAUUGGAGAUACUCAGCAUCUAUUACGCGACUGUUUCGAGAAAAGACUUAAAUCUGCUCAAACUAUGCGGACUCCUAACAGGAAGAGAAGACAAGCUUCUGCAAUUAGUGCCAGUAUAGGGCGACUAACUCAAAGACCAGGGUCUCGCAUCAAAGGGAGAAUUCUGAAAGAAAAAUAUAAAAGAGAGCUUGUUAUUGAAGAAGAGAAGAGGAUCUCUGAGAUGCAGAAUACCAUUAGUAAGCAUAAUAAUAGUAGUUCUCGAAUCCAGACUAAUGCUGAAAGUCAUAACAAAUCUCCUUCAGUUAACACUCUUCAAAAGUCUGCAAUAGGAUCUUCGCAAAAGGAGCAUAUAGACUCUGUUCAGGAUUUAUUAGCUACAUUAAAGAAAUUUAUAACAGGAUCAAAACGAGAAACCCCAGAUAUUGCUAAAAAGAUCAACCAGCUCUCUCGAUUAGUCUCAGAUAAAGAUCUAAACCUAAACAGACUACUAGAAAACGCUGACUCAGAAAUGCUUCAAAUCUUCUGCCAGAGGACGGCUCAUCUCAAGUUGCAGCCAGCUGAAAUAUACCAAAAACUUAAGAGCUACAAGGAAGAUCGCCUUGUAGAGUUCUUCCAAAAUUUAGAGCUUCUAGAACAAUACAUAAAUGAUGAAAUGAAGGAAGAGAAUUACCUCAAAAUGCUCAAACUAGAACGAAUUAUUAACAAAUAUACGUCCAAAUUCAAAAUGAGCAAGAAACAAAGGAAAGCUUAUUACCCAUAAUUCUGGCUGAUCGGCUCGAUCCAAGC